AUGAAUGGCCUUCGACCAUUGGAUGAAGAAGAUAUAGAAAUUUGGGACAUGUACAAAGAAGCUUUAGAAAAGAAAAUUCGAGAUCAAUUUAAUUUAUCUGAAAAUGAUACACUCACACCGAUUCAAGUAGCUACACAGAUUGUUGAAUUAUCCGAUAAAACAUAUGUGACAGCUCGUGUUUGGCAUGUUCCAUGGCAAAAUGAUAUGCAUGGUAAUGAAGACCAUGUUGCUGUGCAUGAAAAACUUUCUGAAGAUCCAAAUGAAGAUCUUGGUCAUUUUUAA